GCAGCUUUUCUGUUUCUGCUGUGCUGGAUUGAAGGAGGAGGUCUGGAGAGAGACAUUCCUUCUGCUGUUUGACACAUCAGCUGUGCUGGUAACGUUAUUUCUCGAUGAGGAUCAGGCGUGGACACAUCACACAUCAUAAUGUUUGAGGUGCGGAAGAAGGCUUGACGUCACUCACCUCAUGACGGCAUCCUGACGGAAUCAUGACAACGGUCAAACCGGACCUGUUCACUUCACCUCAACCGCUGAGCCCGUUCCCCGCUCUCCCCCUCACCACCUUCAUUCCCAUCCUCAGCACUUCUGUAGAACCUCCAACCCAAGCGGAGAACAUUACGUCCAGAACCAAUGAGACGGGCCUGAACUCCACACAGCUGCCCGUGGCAUCAGUUGAAGGUGCUGGGAUGGGCGUGGUCCUCGUACCCUUCGGCAUCAUCACGGUCAUUGGACUCGCUGUCGUCAUGCUUCUGUACAUCCGGAAAAAGAAGAGGCUGGAGAAACUCAGACAUCAGCUCAUGCCCAUGUAUAACUUUGAUCCGGCCGAAGAACAGGACGAUCUGGAACAAGAGCUGUUGGACCACGGACGAGACGGAAGCCCCGCUGGACCAAACUCGAAAACUCUGAGCACAAGUCAAGGUACGACACAGAAACCCAGUCGACUGGUCUUCACAGAUGUGACCGAUGCCAUAAACGCAUGACAGAUGAAAUCUACAGUUUUUCAGGAAUCGUGUUU